GGGGUGUCUCAAAAUGAUGUUCUCGAUCUGGAUCAUAAAAAGACUGACAUACGCAAACUAAGAAUGAUAAUUGUUAUUUUUAAAAUAUUGCUUCUCUUUGGAUCUACAUAUGCACAGGUUAAUGAAAUACUACGAGAAGGAUGCGGAUAUGACAUACUUUGGGUCUUUGAUACCUCGUGUAGUAUUAGCGAAGCCAAUAAGAAUAUUGUAAAGGAGUUUAUUAAGGAGGUUGCAGACAACUUCAAAUAUGGCACAGAUCCUGACCAAACGCUCAUGAGUGUGUUGACGUACGACAGAGGCUUCGAACAUCAGUUUUUCUUCAAGGAUGCAUUAACAGACUCAAAAUUCAAGGAACGUGCGGAAGAGAUAGACCUUCAGUAUGUUGCAUGUAAGACGCACACUUGGAAAGCACUGAAACAGGCCAGGCGGUACUUUACUCCCGAGAACGGUGGACGCAUGCGAUCCACCGAUGUUAUAAUUCUCAUAACGGAUGGUGUUACUUUGCCUAGGUCCAAGGCCAAAAAGACAAUAAGAGAGGCUAAAAAAUUAAGGCAAAGUGGGUUUGAGAUAUUCGUUUUUGCCUUGCCAAACCAGUUUGGGCAUAGUGGAUUAGAGGAGUUGAAACUUCUGGCCAGUGAUAGUGUUGAAAAACGACUCUUUACACCAAAUAGUUUUGCCGAACUUCCGGAUUUUGUAAAGCAACUGAAGAGAAGCAUAUGUAAUGUGGAUGUCCUUGAAGAAUCAUCUCGAGUUUUUCAAGCUGGAGAAAGUGUUUUCACAUCCCUUUUAUGUCCAAAUGGAUUCUAUAAUGAAACAAACAAGGAGUCUUGUCAAAUUCCACGGUCUGGGUGUGAUGUCAGGAACAAAAGGUGCUGCGGAUGUGGACUGGCAUUUGCACAACCGGACAAUGGAAAAACGCCAAUGUGGCCAUCCACUAUCCUGCGAUUAAACAGUCCUGGCAAGAAAUGUAUCUGUGAAAGCUGUCUGAUUGGUGACUGCAUACCACCGAAUUUACGGAAGAUGUGGACAAAAGAACGGAGGCGUUGGAUGAAAUCACAAAAGAACAAGGUCUAAUUUUACGACGUCAUCAAUAACAAGUUGAAUAUUUUUGGAUUAUAACUCAUGACAUCACACUGUUCUAUAUAAUACAAAAUUGACAUUUGCUGAAAUAAAAUGGCCAUAAAAAGGAACAUCAUUCUUAAGGAUAUUUAUCACAUAGACGAACCAUGUCUAGAAUACCAAAAUAUAAGGAUUUUAAAUGUUUUAAAGAUAUAUUUUAUGUCACUUAAAUAAUGGGUAAAAUAACAAUUAUUAAUUAAAUAUUCUACAAUGAAGAAAUAUAUGAAAGAA